UUAUCCUCAAAUUAUUCAAAAUAAUGGCGUGAUCUAAGCGAUUCCUUUUCAAAAGGCGACAUUCGGAGAACUAAAUGACAGGAGAUGGGACAACAAACUAGUUCAAUUUCGACUGUUCCGACGGAACAUACCCAAGAUGACGGAGUGACAUGGUGGUGCAAAUUUUUGGCUCGCGGCAUCGCUGUUGUUGCAGGGCUGGUUGCUAUGUGCCUGGGAAUAUUUGUCUGUAUGACGUUUCAUCCUGAGUGCCUGAUAGCAGGUAUAUGGCAGAUUCUGGCAGGUUUUUUCUUGGUGCUGUUUGAGGCUCCUUGUUGCUGUGUUUUUCUGGAUUUUAUCAAACAAGUGGAGGACUUUUCUAAAAGAAGACCAUACUGGCAAAAAGGAUUGGCCUAUUUGCUAAUGGCUGUAUUACCAAUGGCCCUGUGUCUGGAGACCAGUACCCUGGUGGGGAGUGGUCUCAUAUUUGCCUCGGGUACUGUCUACGGUCUAAUGGCGUUGGGCAAAAAGGCUGAUAGAGAGGAGAUGCUUGUAAAAGCCAGAGGAGAAGACAUCGAAAUGAAUGCUGGACUUGUAGCCAAUGAAGAUAUAACAGGCACGCAUUAGCUAUGACUACUCACUCUUGUGUUCACACUUUCCGGUUUAAUCGAACAUCAGAUUUUUUCCAGUAUUACGGAAUGUGUUUCUUAGAGUAAUGUCCCUUUAGACUGUCCCACUUUCCAGUAUGAUAACCCCAUACUGUUGAACUUCAGAUUAUUUCCAGUAGUACAGAAUGUGUUUUUUUUUUAGUUAUGUCCCUUAAGACUUUCCCACUUUCCGGUAUGAUAACCCCAUACCAUUGAAUCUCAGAUUAUUUCCACUAUUACAGAAUGUGUUUUUUUGAGUUAUGUCCCUUGAGACUUUCCCACUUUCCAGUAUGAUAACCCCAUACUAUUGAACCUCAGAUUAUUUCCACUAUUACAUUGUGUCUUUUUUUGAGUUAUGUCCCUUGAGACCUUCCCACUUUCCGGUAUGAUAACCCCAUACCAUUGAACCUCAGAUUAUUUCCACUAUUACAGAAUGUGUUUUUUUGAGUUAUGUCCCUUGAGACUUUCCCACUUUCUGGUAUGAUAACCCCAUACCAUUGAACCUCAGAUUAUUUCCACUAUUACAGAAUGUGUUUUUUUGAGUUAUGUCCCUUGAGACUUUCCCACUUUCUGGUAUGAUAACCCCAUACCAUUGAACCUCAGAUUAUUUCCACUAUUACAGAAUGUGUUUUUUUUUAGUUAUGUCCCUUGAGACACCUACUUUAUAAUAGUCUGGUGUCAACAGGGACAAGAUGUAUUGGAAACUCAUAGAACAGAGGGACAGCCUGACAUUUCGCACUACCUAUUCACUAUUGUGCUACAUGGAAAGAGACAACUUAUACAUUUUAGGGGUAACAUGUUUCUAAAACAUGGAUCGUGGUAUCAGCCCUUUGUGGAAUGAAGCCUAUAUCAGGUAUUGUGUUAGCCAGUAUAUUCUACAAUUAUUCACAUUAAUAGUGAUUUAAGUCAGUGAGCUGAAGGGGCUGAUCUUGAUCAAAAUAUGACCAAUGUUCCUGUAGUAUAUGACGUAUAGUA